AUGGCAAGCGAGAUUGUCGUUGAACAGUGUCUCGUCGAAGGAACUACUCUUUUAAAAGUUUCAUUAAAAAAGAAUCAACAAAAAGUCUUCAAAAUUGAUGCUGAUCAAGGCCGAAUACUAUGGGAUUCCAAAAAAUCCGGAAAAGGCAAAUAUUAUCUUAUUAAUUUGACGAAUGAAAUUCUAUUUGGUGAAGCAAUAAGAAGUUAUAGAGAGCAUUUCAAUCUUAGUGCGGAUAUGGAACCUCGAUGGUUCACCAUCACAUAUGUUGAUUCUGGAAAAUAUAAAACUCUUCACUUAGUUGCACUGACUUCAGAAAUAUUUAAUGUAUGGGUUGAUAAUUUGGAAAAGCUAUAUUUGCGCAGAAGGGAUAUAAUCGGAGGGUUAGAUCAUUUGAGAAAACGACAAUAUUUAUGGCUAGAACAACAAUGGAAGCAGGCUGAUAAAGAUGGCAAGUCAAGAUUAGGUUUCGAUGAUGUCACAAGGUUAUGCGAGUUAUUGGAUGCAAAGCAAUUAAUAACGUUAUUUGUAAAAACAUUCCAUUGUCGUUAUCAGUGGAAGAUCACUGGAAGUAAAAUUAAUAGUGUCACUGGAACUUUAAGUUCCAAUGACAUUAUUGAUUUUACUUCCAGUGACAUUGGUCGUUAUACAGAAGCAGAUGAAAAAGGGGAUGAUCAUCUUGAUUUUACUGAUUUUCAGCGAUUUGUUAAAUUAAUUAGUCAAAGGGUUGAACUGGAUAAACUGUUUAAUUCUCUGGCGAAAGAGCGCAAAAAUACAUUGACUCUUCGUGAAUUCAAAGACUUUCUCGUCCGUGUUCAAAAGUAUGCCUUGAAAGAUGAAGAAUUUGAUAAUUUAUAUUAUAAAUUUUGUGAUAAAGGCCUUAAGGAGAUGAAUUUCGAGGGUUUUAGUUAUUUCCUCAUGUCUAGCGAAAACGCCAUUUUUGCUUCAGAACACGCCAAAGUUUAUCAGGACAUGACACAGCCACUAAGUCAUUAUUUCAUCGAUUCUUCUCACAAUACAUAUCUUCUGGGACUUCAACUGACAGGUGAAUCCUCAGUAGAAGGAUACAUACACACGUUACAAAGAGGAUGUCGUUGUGUUGAAAUUGAUUGCUGGGACGGCCCUGAUGGUCCCAUAGUUACUCAUGGUCAUACAUUGACAUCUCAUAUCAUGUUUCAAGAUGUUAUUUCAACGAUUCGUACCUAUGCAUUUAAAGCCAGUGCAUAUCCACUAAUACUAUCACUUGAAGUUCAUUGUAGUAUUGAUCAACAAAUCCAAAUGGCUUCUAUUUUACGUAACACUCUGGGUGAAUAUCUUGUCAUUAAUUUCAUAUCAGAAAACGAAGCUGAAUUACCAAGUCCUGCAAGUUUGUUAUAUAAAAUAAUAUUAAAAGGAAAAAAAGAUUCUAAUUCAUCAAAAGACCAGGUCGACUCGGCCACUGAUACUGAAUCUGAUACUGAGUCAAAUGUUGAAUCAUCUAAAGAAAAAGAGAAAAUUAAGAAGACUAAAUUGAAGGUUGCACAAGCCCUUUCAGAUUUGAUAGUCUACUGUUCUACUGUUAAGUUUAAAGGGUUUGACUAUCAUCGUGGUAUGCUUGUCAAACUAAAAAUUUGUAAUAAGUCUUUAAAGCUCAUAAAAUCUGAAAGGGACGCUUUGAUUCGGCAUAAUACGCGCCAUUUAUCACGUAUAUAUCCGUCGGGUCUUCGGAUAAACUCGUCAAAUUAUGAACCACAUUAUCAAUGGAUGGUUGGGAACCAAUUAGUCGCCCUAAAUUGGCAAACUUUUGGAAUGCAAAUCGAUUAUGCCAUGUUUUCUGUUAAUGGCAGAUGUGGUUAUGUACUCAAGCCAGAACGACUACGCAAUCCUGAAAUGGCUUUUCCGGCUCCCCCAUCUCAAACUUUGACAAUUGAAAUAAUUUCUGCACAACACAUCCCUAAACUAAACGAUAGCUUCAUGGACAAGAUAGUUGAUCCAUUUGUUGAAGUAGAAUUGCUCAUCCCUGGUGUUGAUUCUACAAAACAAAAGACUAGCGCUAUUUCCGAUAACGGUUUUAACCCUACAUGGAAUGAAACUUUAAAAUUUACAUUUAAUUGUGAAGACAUGAGUUUGGUAUUUUUGCGAUUCGUUAUUUGGGAUGAAAAUGUUAGCAGUGAUGAUUUCAUUGCAUCUUAUUGCAUUCCCGUAACUAGUUUACAACUUGGGUAUCGUUAUAUCCCGCUAAAUGAUGUUAAUGGCGAGCAAUUUCUUUAUACUACUUUAUUUAUUCGAUCUUCUCUCGAAUUUACUUCCGCGUGA